CUGGGUUAGGAGCUCCUGAGGUAGCUGACCACAAUGCCGAAUAUCAAAAUCUUCAGCGGCAGCUCCCAUCAGGAUUUAUCCCAGAAAAUUGCCGACCGCUUGGGCCUGGAGCUGGGGAAGGUGGUGACUAAGAAAUUCAGUAACCAGGAGACAUGCGUGGAGAUCGGCGAGAGCGUGCGCGGGGAGGACGUGUACAUCGUGCAGAGCGGGUGUGGCGAGAUCAACGACGGGCUGAUGGAGCUGCUGAUCAUGAUCAACGCCUGCAAGAUCGCUUCGGCCAGCCGCGUCACCGCCGUGAUGCCGUGCUUCCCCUACGCGCGUCAGGAUAAGAAGGACAAGAGCCGGGCCCCGAUCUCCGCCAAGCUGGUGGCAAACAUGCUGUCCAUAGCAGGCGCAGAUCAUAUCAUCACCAUGGACCUCCACGCUUCCCAGAUCCAGGGCUUUUUUGACAUCCCCGUCGACAAUUUGUAUGCAGAACCGGCUGUCCUGAAGUGGAUAAAGGAAAAUAUUCCCGAGUGGAGAAACUGCAUUGUUGUCUCGCCUGACGCUGGCGGAGCCAAAAGGGUCACUUCCAUUGCAGACCGCUUGAAUGUGGACUUUGCCUUGAUUCAUAAAGAACGGAAGAAGGCCAAUGAAGUGGACCGCAUGGUGCUGGUGGGAGACGUGAAGGACCGUGUGGCCAUCCUUGUGGAUGACAUGGCUGACACCUGCGGAACCAUCUGCCACGCCGCUGACAAACUUGCCUCAGCUGGGGCCAUCAGAAUUUAUGCGAUCUUGACGCACGGAAUCUUUUCUGGCCCGGCCAUUACUCGCAUCGACAGUGCAUGCUUUGAAGCGGUCGUAGUCACCAAUACCAUACCACAGGAAGAUAAGAUGAAGCACUGCUCCAAAAUACAGGUGAUAGACGUCUCCAUGAUCCUUGCGGAAGCCAUCCGGAGGACUCACAAUGGAGAAUCUGUUUCCUACCUGUUCAGCCAUGUUCCUUUGUAA